AAAAUGGAUCAAAAGAUUUUGUAAAUAUGUGAAGUUUUUACGCUAAAAUGGUACAGCUUUUCGUAGGAUGGCCGAAUUUUUGGAGGCUGAUGAGACCAAUUGUAGCAGUCAAGAUUCAGUUUGAAGUUGAAAUUGUUAGCGAGGAGGAGUUUGAAGCGAUAGAUGCUGCAAUACAGGAAGCUGCCAUGCAAGGUUAGUUGAUAAGUUUUGCUUCGUGUUUCAUAUAGUAUAUAAACUUAUGGCUUAUUACUUAGAAAUUCCGCAUCGUUUAGUUCAAUAAAUUUAUGAAUAAAAAAAUCUAGGGUGCUUAACAUUUACACAAAACAUCCAGUUGAAAAUCUAUGGCCAAUAUUUUCUGACAGUUCCCAAACAGAACAUUGUGGACAUUAACAUAUUUAUUAGUAUCCAAUCAGAAUUUCUAGUUACCUCAUGUACAAGUACAGUAGUAAUGAUUUGCCCCCCUCCAGGGAAGCUUUACAUGGGGAGGCUCUGCCCCCGCCCCUUACCCUCUUACAUAUCACUUUUGACUGAAGAGGCUUCCUUUCAUGUACCUUCUAUUGAAGAGUACCCUCUCCCUCUGGGUCCCUGCAGUUCCCAAGUCACUCCACCCUUGACUAUCACUACAUCAUUGAGAGAGUUGACUGUACCUAUGCUCUAAUCUCAUACCCAGAUCUCACUCUGUCUUAUGCUUAUUUCCCUUGGCCACAGAAGAUCUGGGUACGAGAUUACCUAUGCCCUACUGACUGAACCACCAAUCAUUUUGAAUCAUCAGAGGUUGAAGCCACUUCCAGAAAAACUAGACCAGGACUUCUAACCCCUCUGGAUAAGUUUAGAGGUGGUUUGGGAUAUCUAAGUGUCAGUGAUUUGACAGCGCAGUUCUGGUGUGAGCAACAGAUGGAGUACAACUUCUUGGCUCCAGAACCAAAACCAGAGACUGUACAAAUGCAAUUAGGCAAAGAUAUCCACAUGGCAAGAGGUAAACUAGUCAAUAAAUUUUAAUUAUAAUAAUUAUUGUUAUUAUUAAUUAAGCAGUUUAAACUGCUACUGUUAUGUUCCUCUAACAUAAACUGUUUUACCCGAUUGUCAAAACCCACUUUGUUGUAAACAAAAUAAUUACCAGAAAGGUUAAGGGUUGGGAACUUGUAUAGUAACAGUCAUCAGUGUUUGCUACAGGUAAUAACAAUAAUUAUUAUUUGGUGGGAAUAGGAAAUAUUGUUGUUUAGAAAAAUGACAAUUAUGAUGUUAUUUUGCUAUGGUGGGGAUCCCAUUUUCAAAGUGUUAAAUUUCACAUAACUCACAGUCCCAUUCAAAAUUCCAUCCAGUGACAGGCAAAAUCUCAGUCCCAGUUAUUCAAAUCCCAUUUUUCCCAUUUCGAAACUAGACACAAGUUCAUUAAUUAACCCCUUUGAGGCACCUUUAACCAUGGUACCACUCAGAAGAUUUUUCUCACAAAGUAAUUUAUUAUUUAUUACAAAGUAACUGAGUUUUGAAUUUCAUAUUUUACAGAGCUGGAGUUAUAUGAUGUUGUGGACAUCAAGAUAGAAAGCAAAGAAGACAAGUGGGCAACCAGGUUUCUCAACUGCCUCAAUAAAAUGGCAUUCUUAGAUGCACAGCAAACAAUUAGAGAGCUUCCAGUCUUUGGAGAACCCUUUCAAUUGGGAGUAUUUGUAUAUGGCAUUAUUGAUGAAUUACACUUCAAUGAAAUGGGACAACUUGAAAUUUCAGAGCUGAAAACCAGAGCUACCAACAACAGCUUGCCGUCUAAAGCACAGCAGAACAAAAACUUCUUACAAGCUAUGCUCUACAGUAUCAUGUUCAACGACUUGCUGGAAGGGAAGUUAGCUACUACCACACUUCUAUCAAAAUUUAAUUUAAAUGGCCUUGCUGCUCUUUCAGAAGAUGUUGUCAAAUUUGCCAAUGAAUUGAGAAUACCAUGUGCUAAGCUCAUCCAAAUUGCUGACCUGAUGUUAAGUAGAUUCAAGACAUCAAAUAUACCUAAAAUCAGUUCUGUAGUAGUUGAGUACUGUUCUCAGUUUAGCCAUGAAGAAAUACACAAAACUUGUUUGCAACUGGACGAGAGUUGGGCACAUUCUAAGCUGGUCACAAUGCUACCAUACUGGAAAGGAGAAAGAGAAACUAUUGGAGUGGAAAUUGAAGAAGCUUGGAAAUGUCAUCGAUGUGAAUUUGCAGACAUUUGUACAUGGAGAAUAAAGAAAGAUGAAGAGUGUAGGAAAUUAAAAUAAAAUCUUAUGCAAAUACUGUAUAAUGGAAGCAGCGUGGCUGAGUAGUUAGAGCCCUAGACUUGCAUUUCGGAGGCCCCAAGUUCAAUUCCCACCCUGACCGUUAGCAGGAUUUGUUCUCAGUAGUCCUGAGUUCAAAUCCUCAACCAUGCUUGUAAAUAGCCAACUGGUUUGCCUCUGGCCAGUUUGGAUUCUUAACCCUGUUAUGUUAAAUUUAGAUUAUUUGUUUCUGGCAUUUGCUUGGCCCCACCAGCAUCAAUGCUAUAAAUAAUGCCGAGGGUAAACAAAGGAUAUUAAUACUAUCAAACCUCUAUGUGCCACCACCUCUCACAAGCAA